UCUCGAUCAAGUAAGACAUGUCUGAUUGACUAAUUGAUGUCCCGACGUGAUACUCUCGAUCAGGUAAGACAUGUCUGAUUGACUACCUGGUCGGCAGUAUUACUAGGAAGAAGUUAUCCCCUUUUAGAGGGAUAGUUAUCCUUGGUUUUGUUUGAGAAAGCCAAGAAGGUUAUCCUUGGUUUCGUUUGAGAAAGCCAAGAAGGUUAUCCUUAGUUUUGACAGAAAAACUAAGAAGAGUGCACUGUAUAUUUCCUCUCUUGACUUCUCCAUGCCUCUUUUCUUUGCCUGUUGUAAUAUUUUUGUUUGUUCAUAAUGGGGAACUUGUAUCCCAAGCCUAUGCCUGGUGAAACACCGUAUGAUUGGAUGAUACGAUGUGGUUUAGGAUAUUAUGCACAACCAUUUGUUGAGAAUUUGGCUGGCUGGACUGAGGCCAAUCCUCAGAUUCCACCAUACCCACGUGAUGGUACCUUUGAUCCGGGUUAUUUAGCCUCCGCAUACCGCAUGAUUUUUGAGGGUAUAGGAGAUCCACAGUGGGAGUGUUGAACCACCACCUUACUCUAAAGAAAAAGAAAAAAGGGCCCGUUGGCCUCUAAUCGGCCUACCUCACCAGAUAACCAUUACAUCUUGUUGAUAUGCUAAUUAAGAGUUCUCGUAACUGUCAGUUUACAGGAGCAGAUUAUCGAUUUAUUCUCCAGAAUAAAUUAGGCGAUCAGUAUGAUGAAGAGAAAUUGAUCGAACAAGUUCCUGUGUUAAAACCUACGAAUGAUGAAGUAGUAAAUAUAACAAAAAAGGAGGAAGAAAAAGAACUCAAACUCAAGUUGUUUCCACAUAUUUUUGGAAGGAUAAUAGAGAUGCCUUAGACCAAUUGCGUCGGCAGCUCACUAAAUAUCUGCUUAAUAUUAAACAUGCUAAUCGUGAUCUCUCUCAGGUUACUAACUGUAAGCAGGAAAAGGGAGACUCAGUGGUCUUACAAUAUGCAGAUCACCUCCUGGUGGCUGCGACCGAUUAUGACACCUGCCAAGCAGCGGCCCUGGCUCUAUUCACACACCUGGCUGAGAAAGGUUUUAAGGUGUCCAAGUCAAAACUCCAGUUCUGCCAGAACACUGUCCGCUACCUGGGCUAUGAACUCUCUCAGGGCUCAAGGAAGUUAACUGCCGAACGAAUACAAAUUAUCAUGGACACCCAGCGGCCUGCCACUAAACAGGCUUUACAGGCCUUCCUCGGCCUCAUUAACUACUGCCACCAAUGGAUCCCAGACUGUUCUUUGUAUGACAAAUGUCUGCGUGCUGCGGUGAAGCAUUCUGGUCCUUCAUCCACACUUUUCUCAUGGACUCCAGAAAUGCAGGAUGCUUUUGUGGCAUUGAAACAGGCCCUGUGUACGGCUCCUACUCUGGGACUCCCCAACUACAGCCUCCCUUUCCACCUGUAUGUUGUGACUCAGCCAGGAACAGCCUCUGGGGUGCUGGCCCAGGAACAUGGGGCAGGCAUGCGACCUUGUGCGUUUCUUUCUAAAUCCCCUUGACUCUGUGGCUCAGGGUUUGCCUGCCUGUCUACGUGCUGUUGCCGCCUGUGCUCUGAUGGUAACUGAUGCUGAAAAGAUUGUUUUAUCUCAUCCUUUGAUCUUACACACCUCACAUCAGCACAUGCCCUGCAGCGCCUUCUUAAUGCACAGGAUGAUUGUAUGGGUGACUCUGAUCAUGAUUGCCUUACUGAAAUAGUCAAUGCCACUAGCAUCCGCCCUGACCUCUCCAACGUUCCCAUACAGACAGGUGAUGUCCUCUUUGUAGAUGGCUCUUGCUCCAAACCUAGUGAUGGUGUUUAUCUUUGUGGCUAUGCUGUUUGUCGGUUACCUAACACUGUCCUUGAAUCUUUUUCUCUCCCUUUCUCCUCUACACAGGGAGCUGAACUCUUCGCUCUCACGCGUGCCUGUGUUCUCGCUGACUACGCUGACGUCACUAUUUACACUGACUCUCGUUAUGCCUUCCGAGUAGCUCAUGAUUUUGGCCGCAUCUGGCAAUCUCGUGGGUUCACUGCAGCUGACGGCAAGCCUAUCUCCCAUGCCUCGUUAGUGCAGGAUUUAAUCACUGCCUGUCAUCUGCCUCAUUCUGUGGCCAUUGUUAAAACUAGGGCGCAUUCCUCUGGUGACACCGAUGAAGUGCGAGGGAACAGUUUUGCUGACCAAAUGGCUAAACAGGCUGCGGCCUCACGCCCACUUCCCCCAAACCUAUCUCCUGCCAUGUUCUCUGUUAACACCAUGAUCAGUGCUGUUCUACCUGACAUGGAUCUCCCUUCGCUGCAUGCUUCAGCUUCGCCUGCUGACCGCGAAUUUUGGACUAGUCAGGGUGCAACUGAUUCCUAUGUUAUUCUAGAUAACAAGGGCCGUGUCUGUCUACCGCGACAUUGUACUCCUUUUCUCGUCCGCGAGUUUCAUGGCCCCAAUCAUCACAGACAAAGAGGGGUGUUACAGGACUUAUCUGAGGUUUUUUGUAUUUUCCGCUUACACACAGACAUGAAUAGAAUAUUAGAAGGAUGUUUAAUAUGCGCACAGAACAACAUUUCAAAAUCAGGUGCCACACAUCAACACUUUCCCAUGCCUGACACCCCCUUUCAAGAAUGGCAGAUCGAUUUCACACACAUGCCUAGGCAGGGUCCUUUCAGAUACCUUUUGGUAAUGGUUGAUAAGUUCUCCAGAUGGGUAGAAGCCUUCCCAUGUAAUAAGGAAAAUGCUAGAGUUGUGGUACAGAAGCUAACUACUGAAAUAAUUCCUAGAUAUGGCAUCCCUGUAGGAAUUGAUUCUGACAAGGGAACUCCAUUUACAUCUAAAGUCACUCAGCUUCUGUGUAAAGAGUUAAAGGUCAAUUGGCAUUUCCACAUUCCUUACCAUCCAAAGUCAUCUGGUAUGGUGGAGCGAGCCAAUCGCACAAUAAAAGACAAAAUUCGUAAAGCAAUGCACACGUCCGGUUCCAAAAAUUGGGUCAUGCGUUACCCCUUGUGCUAGCAGAUAUGAGAAUGGCUUUGGAUCACCUGUCUCCCUAUAAGCUUGUGAUGGGGAGACCAUUUCCCCAACCUUGGCGAAGAGGCAAACAGGCAUUGGGAAUGGGGGACCUUGAUGUACACCUCAGCGAGUACUCUGCAGGGUUAAUUCAGAAGCUCAACGAGUAUUGGGCGCGGGUAAAUUCAAAACAACCCUAAAUUCCAAUUGGCAAUACUCACCCUUUUAAGGUGGGAGAUCGUGUCUUGGUCAGAAAUUUGGGAAAAUUAGGCACGCCUUUGGGUGAGACCCCGUAUAGUGGACCUGCAGAAAUAGUCGCUGUGACUCGCACUGCUGUGUUAACUGAUCUUUUUCCACAGUGGAUCCACGCCUCCUGUCUAAAACCAGGCACGGGUUGGAAAGAAGAAUCAUAAGUAAAAAGUCUGUCUAAACAGUGUUUGUGUUUCAGAACUCUGAGGCAACAGCUGACAACCUUUUCAGGGGUCCCCUCUUCCCAGCAUACAAAUAAAAGGAUCGGCUGACCUACUGUACAAAGAGGGGGCUGUCGGUGAGCUCCAGGUGACGACACACAUCUCUCUGCAAAAGGCUGACAUCAUUGAGCGAAACGGCGUGGUGAACCCGCAGACUCUCCUGUGCCCCCUGUUCGUACAUCUGCUACGGUGCAAACGGUGCACGAGGAAGCCGUUGGGGACAGAAAGACAACCUCUACUGGAAUCAGGAAACAUAGCCAGUGACCAGUAUGGCUGUUCUACUUCUACUACUGCUCGUCGCGCUUGGGACAGGGAUUCCCGUCCAAGCUCAUCCGCAUGAUAAUACCUUCUGGCAGUUCGCGAAUUGGACGACAAGAAAUUUGUCAAUUUUACAAGCAUU